UGUUGGUUGUAGAGAGACGUAGGUAUUGACUGUAAAUUGUAAGUCAUCGUUGAUCGGAUCAACUACCUAUCUCUCGCACUCGGAAAUGGCUCGCACCAAGCAAACCGCUCGUAAGAGUACCGGUGGCAAGGCCCCACGCAAACAACUCGCCACCAAGGCCGCCCGCAAAUCCGCACCCGCCACCGGAGGCGUCAAGAAGCCCCAUCGUUAUCGCCCGGGUACCGUCGCCUUGCGAGAAAUUCGUCGUUACCAGAAGUCGACGGAUCUGCUCAUUCGUAAAUUGCCCUUUCAGCGUCUCGUUCGUGAAAUUGCCCAGGAUUUCAAGUCCGAUUUGCGUUUCCAGGGUUCGGCUGUGUUGGCCCUCCAGGAAGCCGCUGAAGCCUACCUUGUCGGUUUAUUCGAAGACACUAACUUGUGCGCGAUUCACGCUAAGCGUGUGACGAUCAUGCCCAAGGACAUUCAGUUGGCUCGCCGUAUUCGUGGAGAACGUUCGUAGGAAGAAUUGUUCGGGGCAACGAGUGAUCAUGCAUCAAGUAUAUAUGAAAUGCGUGCAGGUUGGGAAUAUCGCUUUGGAUUAUGAACUAACUGCAAGCCGUAGGUAAGGAAGUCCAUUUAAGAUUAUUGAUUUGUAUUCUGG